CAUUUUUGUUUCUGGAAAAAUAGCAUUGGUAGUUUUGUCAACAUGGUUGGUAUGUUUGCUUUCUCAGAUGAGUUGGAAGAUCGGUUUGACCGACAGCGUAUGAUAAUGAAGAGAAAAGUGACAAAUGUCCCGGAUGUUGCUAGUGCGGCGACGAGAGAAGAUAAUUUAUCGAGCGCAGGUAGCAAAGACAGGCGACGUGAGAGCGGUGUAGGCAUAUUGGAAUUUUCACCCGACAAAGCUGGUAGAGACAUAACGCCGUUGAAAAUGAACCUCACGUUGAACCCCAAGUGUAUAACAGGGCCAUUUGGAGCCAUAGCAGAAACAUUCUCAUGUGCUAAAAUGGCUGAACUACACCACAGACAACAACACCUACUCGGUGAACACGAAGAAACAUCUCCUCUAAUGAAGAAAAAACGGGGCUAUCAACAGAUUUCCGAGACAGAAGAUUCCGAGGGUCCGUCAAUUAUGAAACGAAAGUACCAUCACUACACGUUGGAAUCUGAUAGCAGUCAGCCAGGGCCAUCGUCGGGACGACCGUCUUCUAAAGUAUUUAGCAGUGCGGCAGAGACUGAGACUACGUCAUUGACAAACGUUUCUCUCUCGAGUUCAAUCCGACCACAUGAAAAUGAAGAUAUUGUCACAACUCGACAGCCACGAACCGAUCACAUCGCUGUGCAGGAUAUUCAUAUUACAGACCCUAUUAUUGAACGGCGCUUUGACGAUUUCACCAACAGGAUGGGUUCGUUUGAAACUAAAAUGGCAUCCAGUAUGACAGAGAUAUAUGAACUCGUUCGCCAACAGCAGUCGAUGUUGGCACGUUGUCAACAAGGGACAAACGAAGAUACCAGUCAAGACACUUUACCAACCAAGGCGCCGACGAAGGCGCCGCCCAAGAUGAAAUUUACGCCAUUAAUAACCCGAUCUGGAGGAGAUUCUGGAAGACUGUGGAAACGUAUGGUUGAAAGAAGACCACAGCCAGAAAUACUUGAACUUAGUGACUCUGCAUCGUCCGAAAGUCUGCCAGAUGAAGCCUGA